ACAGAGAGCAAUACCGAAGAAGAGUGCCUUUUUUGACUUCUCGCUAGCAGGCGAUCUGUAAUUUUGGGGCUAGAAGCAGCUGGAUUCUUAACGCGGAGGAAGUUUUCGGGGCUGUGGGUGCUUUUCGUUCCUUCAUCCAGCAAACAGCGAUCCACACCAGGAUUUGCUUUCUGCUCCCGUAUUUCGGCGAUGCAAUUUGUAGCACGUUUCUAUGUGUGUGUGCGUGUAUGUGUGUGUCUGUGUGCGGCUCUCCCUCGCAGUGCCUGUCUCCAGGAUUUCUUCUUGCCUGGCUCAGGAAGCUGCUCCAGCGCUGCGCGGAGCAGAGGUUUCCCAGGAUCCCGUAAAUACAGGCACACGCACCCAGUGCAGCACACGCACACGCACACACACACAGAGGCACGCACAGAGCCGCUGUCCAGUCCAACCCCACGCCGGCUGCUUUCCCCACCACCUCCAGCCUCGCAGAGGCAGCCGGCGCAGCUCCGCGGCCGAUCGAGGGACUCCGCUCGCAGCAACACUCCCGCGUGUUCAAUCUUCAGCCUACGGCCAGAUUUUCACCCCCCCUUUUCUUCUUUUUCCUAUUUUUGCGUUUGGAGAAGGACCGAGGGGGGACGACACGACGAGGCUGCCGCUCUCCUUCCCCUGCCGUGCGCGCCUGUGUGUGGGUGCGCGCCCAUCUGCCCCCCGCCUCGCAAAAGUUUGCCUCGGCUGCCGGGGGACUCCCUGGCCGCCUUCUCCGCAGCCAGGGGGCGCGGCGGUGGCGCGGGACUUGCGCGCUGCGCGGGACUUGCGCGCCGCGCCAUGCCAGCGGCGCAGGGUGUUGCGCGGCGCUGCGCCCUAGCGGGGCUGCUGCUGCCGCUGCUGCUGCUGCUGCCGCCGCUGCCGCUGCCGACCGCGGGCGCGGGUGCCGAGAGCAAGGCGCGGAGCUGCGGCGAGGUGCGGCAGGCGUACAGCGCUAAGGGCUUCAGCCUGGCCAGCGUGCCCUACCAGGAGAUCGCAGGGGAACAUUUGAGAAUCUGCCCUCAGGAAUAUACAUGUUGCACCUCAGAAAUGGAAGACAAGUUAAGCCAACAGAGCAAACUGGAGUUUGAAAACUUAGUGGAUGAGACAAGUCACUUUGUACGCACCACUUUUGUAUCCCGGCACAAGAAGUUUGACGAAUUUUUCCGAGAACUUCUGGAGAAUGCAGAAAGAUCCUUAAAUGACAUGUUUGUCCGGACAUAUGGCAUGCUGUACAUGCAGAACUCAGAGGUGUUCCAGGACCUUUUCACGGAACUGAAGCGGUAUUACACAGGAGGCAAUGUGAACUUGGAGGAAAUGCUGAAUGAUUUCUGGGCUCGGCUGCUGGAGCGGAUGUUCCAGCUCAUAAACCCCCAGUACCAUUUCACUGAGGACUACUUGGAGUGUGUAAGCAAGUACACAGACCAGCUGAAGCCAUUUGGAGAUGUACCCAGGAAGCUAAAGGUUCAAGUGACUAGAGCGUUCAUUGCUGCACGGACCUUUGUUCAGGGACUGACAGUAGGAAGAGAGGUUGCGAACAGAGUAUCCAAGGUCAGUCCCACCCCAGGGUGCAUCCGGGCGUUAAUGAAGAUGUUGUACUGCCCUUACUGCAGAGGACUUCCCACUGUGAAACCUUGCAACAACUAUUGCCUCAAUGUAAUGAAGGGCUGCCUAGCAAAUCAGGCUGAUUUGGAUACUGAGUGGAAUCUGUUCAUAGAUGCUAUGCUUCUGGUAGCGGAGAGAUUAGAGGGACCAUUCAACAUUGAAUCAGUCAUGGAUCCUAUUGAUGUCAAGAUUUCUGAAGCCAUCAUGAACAUGCAAGAAAACAGCAUGCAGGUGUCGGCAAAGGUUUUCCAAGGAUGUGGCCAGCCUAAACCAGCACCUGCCCUGCGAUCUUCCCGUUCUGUCCCUGAAAACUUUAAUGCGCGGUUUAGAACAUAUAACCCAGAGGAGCGACCUACAACUGCUGCUGGCACAAGUUUGGAUAGGCUGAGGACUAUCUGGAGGACAAUGCAACAUGGUGUAACAGAUAUUAAAGAAAAGCUAAAGCUCUCCAAAAAGUUCUGGUCAACAUUACCCUACACAAUCUGCAAGGAUGAGCAAGUGACCGCCGGUCCAUCAAUUGAGGAGGACUGCUGGAACGGCCACACCAAGGCAAGAUACUUGCCUGAGAUUAUGAAUGAUGGCUUGACCAACCAGAUCAACAAUCCAGAAGUAGAUGUGGACAUCACAAGGCCAGACACCUUCAUUCGACAACAAAUCAUGGCCUUACGUGUCAUGACUAACAAACUGAAGAACGCGUAUAAUGGAAAUGAUGUCAACUUCCAGGAUACAAGUGAUGAAACGAGCGGCUCAGGCAGCGGAAGCGGCUGUACAGAUGACAUAUGUCCCACCGAGUUUGAUUUCAUCACCACUGAAGCACCACCAGUUGACUCCGACAGACGGGAGGUGGAGGCUUCAGCCACACAGCCUGGGUGGUCACUGCAGACAUUGCUUGUCAUCUUCAUCAGUCUCGUACUACAGAGACAGUGGAGAUAAUCCUGGAUCUGGCCACAGAAACUGUGUUUUAGCUACAGAAACAGCCAACUUUAUUCUUUUCUUAUACUCUUGGACAAUGGACCAUGCCACAAACACUUGCAGUUUUCUACAAGAAGAGAGCAGUACCGCAACCUGCUUCCCUUUUUUGUUUUCCCAAAGAGUACCAGGUGCCAGACUGAACUUCUUCCUGCUUUUUUCAGAUAUCUCUGAAGACUCUAUCCACUCUUGAGAGAAUUAUUUCUCAACUCUUUAUUACAGACUUACUGAGCUUCAUUUCCUUUUAUGCUGCAAAAGUAAAAAAGGAUCUUACAGUGUGUGUUUUUCCCUAAUGAGAAAAAAGAGGGGGGAAGAAACCAAGAAAACAGUUUUCAUUCUGAAUCAGGCCUGACUCAAGGCUGCUGCAUUUCAACAGCAUAUCAACAAAACAAAAAAGAAGCAACCGUUCUUCACUGACAGACAGGUUUCCUUUAAGAACUUCUGUAGGAUGAUUCAGGUCAUCAGAACGAUCAUUGCUCUAAGAAAAAAGUCUGGAUUUUUUUUCCAACACAAAAGUAUGUCUCAGCGGUGAAUGUCUUGCACUCCAUCUGCCAACCACAUCAGAUUGGUAUGAAGGUAGAGAAGCUGAAAAAUAAGUUUAUCUUUUAGUAUGAUAGUAACUCCACUAGCUUCAGAAUAUCAUGUUACAGUUGUUUAGGAUUUAAAUCUUAAUGCCCAGUAAAAAAUUGAGUAGUAGCAUGAUUUAAACUAGCUUCUUUUAGGAUUUAUCCAUGUUAUACAAUUGGCACAGUUUUCCACUUAGCUCACCAUCAGCCAUGGUGGUAAUGCUAAACAACGCUCCUGACAAACCUCCCCUCAAGGGUUUGGACAGAAAAUAAUCUCUUCUCUUUGUCACUGUUCUGACAUUGAUUAGGAAUUUCUGCUACUAUGUUCAUUAUCCUACCAAGACAGAUAUUCUCCAGUGGACUAACAGUGACGGGAUCAAUAGUGUGUUUCACACCUCAACUACAUCUUUCAUAUCAGUUAAUUUCAAUGUCACAAGGAUUUCUUCUACAAAAUUUCAGAACAAAUAUAUAGUACUGACAUGGAGAUUUCUUUCACUUUUUUAGUCUUAGUAUGAUCAUCUAUUUUUAUAUAUAUAAAUAUAUAUAAAUCACAGAUUUUAACUUCUUAAUUACAAGCUCAGGGUUGACACCUCUUUGUAAGAAAAAAAAUGUUUGGUCAACCAGCUCUUCUUUUUUUGUGCUGCUCUGAAAAGUAACCCUUUAAUGACUGGUGAGCAUGAAAAACAAAGAAGAGAAUUUUUUACAUAUCCAGUUGUCCAUUUAUUAACAGGCUUGCAGGAUGAGAGAGAAAAACUCUCUCAUAAUGUGUGUAUAUGGGGGGUACAUGUGUGUUUGUGUGAUAAGCCUAGAGAAGGACAUGGUUGUUAUUUGGGUGGCAGUUAUACUCUCAGAUUCUUCAAGGAUACAUUGCUUUAAUAAUCACUGCGUAAAUAACUAUGGUCCUGGACAGCAUUUCCAUAAUUUGUGUCUGGUCAUAAGACCCAGGAUGGAAGCUGGACAACUGAGUGUCAAGAGUUAGAUAUCAAAACCUUCCAUCAGCCACAAACAAAGGGCUUCUGGGAAAAUCCUGCAUGGUGUUGAAAUGAUUUGCUAGAAAUUUAUUUCCUGAUUCUUAUAGCGACUCUGGAAAUGGCAUAGACAAAUUGUGGUAACACUAUACAGCCAGCCAACCACAUUACAAUUUAACAGCAGAGCAGGUAGAUCAUAUCCAUUGCAAUCUUGUUUUCUUCUCAGAUUAUAAUUAGCUAUCGAUUUAGACAUGAAAUUAAAAUAGAAAACACACAGCACAUUAGGAUAAAGUAUAUUGAAGCACUUUUGCCACAAAGUAUUUCCAGACUGUCUAGAUACUAUGUCUAAUAACAAAAAAACAUAGAUUUUGAGCCACUUGUAUCCAUUCCUUUUUUUCCCAUUUGCUUGUUUACUUUAAAGUAUAAUGAUCUAUUCUUCUGGGCACAGCCUAGUGUGCAGGAGUUGCUGGCUGGGUGUUCAGUUCACACAUCUUACAGAGGCCGUGGCAGUACUUCCUCCUUCUCUGAUGGUUCCCUCUAGAGCAGAUCUUGUGAUUCAGCAUUUAAUGUCUUCAGGAUGUUAAACAGCAGAGUUUAAAGCAAUUCUCACAGCCUUUUUUUGUUGGCCCUGGUAGAGCAGGUACCAAGCAGAGGAUAUUUUAAUUUCCUGAACUUGCACAUGCAGCUUUCUUCAAGGAGAGUCCUUUCAAACUCUUCUCUGGUCCACCUCUUUCUAUCCAUACACACAUCCUUUCUCCACUUCUCCUCCUCAGCAACCUUAUUUCAGGUGAAGUUGAGUGUCAUUUUGAUUUAUUACCUUGUGUGUGUAUUCAGUGGCAACAAAUACUAUUUCCUUCUGAUUAUUCUGGGCCUGAAAGCUUAGCAACAGGUAACAAAGUCCAAGCCCUCUGAGGCAAGUCCUCUGUUGCACUUGCUCUACACUGCUGGUUAAGAAGCUCCUGGAUGGACUCCUAGGGUCUCUGUUAGCUUCAGUCAACAUUUAGGUGAUCCAAUGACAGUUUUCAGCUGGUGCAGCCAAACUGGUAUCCACAGUGCUCUCAGCUGUUUGUGCACCUUCAGGGACUUGCAGGCAAGGAGUAAGAGGGAUACCUAAAAACUAGGGGGUUUGAUGAAGGCUGUUUUCCCUCAGGGAGCUUGCAGGAGGGGCCUUGCUUUGCUUGGACUGCAUGUUACAAACUGCUGGUGAAACAAUAAACAAGACCAAUCUUUGCUGGAACGUGAUUGUCUCGUGGGUGAUCUGCCAGAAAUUUAUGUCUUCCAUAUUAUUUCCCCUCUUAGUUUCCUAGUAUGCAUGGUGAUAUCUUGUCAGGAGAGAGAGAUGCCUUUGCAUGAGGUAUUAGGCAUACAUUUCAUUAAUAGUCCCUAAAGGCUGAAUACUGUCUUCAUACAUUGCAUUUUUCUGAGAUUAAGAGAGCUAUUAAAUCUACAGAGCAAAUGAAUUUGGGAAUGAAGGAAAGAAAAGAAAAAGCAUUCAUGUUCAUAAAUGUGAGAAUCUGCAUGGUUUCCAAUAUUUCUAUUUGCACAUCCUUUGCAUUCAGUAACUCUUCUUCUAAGGUAAUUUUUUGGUGUUCCACAAUUUAAAUAUUUCUCUUCUGUUAGCAGCUGGUAAAGGAAUAAAUGAUAAAGAAGACAAUUAUCUGUUCAAGAAAGAGUACCUAAGUCCUAAGAAAAAAUCUUUCGAUUGUGUAAACCUUUUAUGUGUGCAAUCCGCUUCUUGACAUUAUAUAUUCUUUUUAAGUGGACACUAUUAAAAAAUAGAUGCAAUUAAUAAAAUAACCAGUGCUGUAGACCCCUGUGAGGUUUUCCAUUUUAAUAUUAAUUGAAUUGUGUUUGCAUCAUCCCCAGAUUUUUAGGGUUCAGUGAACUGCAAAUUUUCCUUCUGAUGACUCAGUACACACCACUGUAAUUGCAGUGCAGACUGCCUGAACUCUGGCUAAACUUUGUCAUUUCAAGAAAGAUAAUCAGAAAAAAAAAUAAAAAAAAAGAAGAAGGUAGAUAUUCCUGCUAAAGAGGAAGAGCAGAGGAACAUGUGUCUCAGGUUCUGGGUAAGGGCUGAUCUAUCACAGUUCCCUAAGAGGCAUCGCAGAGCUCUGCCCAUGGAAAACUCCUAAAAUCUGAGCCUCAGACAUACAAAUCAUCUCAGUUCUAUGGGAUUUUUAGGAAGAAUGAUUCCCACAGAUGUGUGAACUAGUUUACUUCCAUGCAAAAUGUCUGUGAACUAGAGCUGUUCUUGGGAGGUGGACUGCAUGUGCAGCGUCUCAGCAGGCAGCAGUUGCCUUCAGUUUACUAAUCAACUCUGAAUCAUUAUCAAAUGUAACUAUACUUAUUAACCUAGAAUUCUAUUACUUUAACAUGAAAAAUAAAGUAGAGCACUGAAGCAAGUUGUGGUUUUUGUUUUUAAUUUACUUCCAGAGAUAAUCCAUUAAAACUGAAUACAGAAAAUUAUAGAGUGAUUCUGCUGGGAAAAUCAGGUUUCUACAAAUUGCAUUAUGGAAACAAAUAUCUGAACAGGCUUCAGGUGUUAAGAAGAAAUCCACAUUUCAAAGACCACAAAGCUAUAUUUACUAUAUUAACCCAUAAAUGUUCAGACUUGCUAGAUGAGAAAGAAUAAACAACAGCGAAAUAUUACAUAAAACUGCAAAAACUGUAAUUUCAAAGUGAAAUUAAACAGGCAAAGGCUAAGUCUUACCUGUGGGGCUGAGAUAAUUUUGUCAAAAUAUAAUAGAUGCAGCAAUGACUACUUCCAAGAAAAUUAGGGCAGGUGAUGCACUGAACGGGGUAAUGUUUCCAUUAUAGCUACUCCCAUGGACUGCAAGAAUUGCAUCAACUUGUGUAAUUAUGACCCUUUUUGAUAAAACAAUGAUAAAGACCUGAGUAUCAUAGUAAUA